GAAUAAAACAAACAGUGGAAGAGUUGGGAGCAGUUGUUAUUGGUGUCCUACUACCAAUAAUGUUAGUCACAAGAGGUGAUCUCGUUUGUAAUUGCUCUAGCUAUCUUCGUGAGUAUUUCAGUAAAAGUCGUAUGUGACUAGCUAAGUUAUCUAUAUAUUAUGAAGAAUGAACUUCCCUGAAUGUUAGGAAUGUGUAGACAUGUCAGGGACUAUAUCUUGCUGCAUUGAGGAUGUCUCCUUUCCCUUUGAUUAUAUUUGUUGUCACAGACUUGAGAAGCAGCCAGCAGGCCAGGGUUGGUAAAAAUAAAAUUCUAAAACUGGCUAGUUAGCUCGCUACAAGGUGGCAUCAAGACGUUAGCAAUAAAUAGCUAAAAUACCAAACUACAACUAAUUAUGUAAUGAAUUUGACAUUAUGUGGUUGAUUCUGAUUGUGGCUACCGAUUUUUUUGAUGAAUUUUGAUAUAUCAACAACUACAAAUCCUGUUGAUGGGAGGUGGUAACAAAUGUUAGCUAGCUAAGUAGCUAACGCGUUAGUUAUGUAGUUAGCUAGCGCAAAUAACCACAUUUGAUGAGGCAAGAGUUUGUUGUUAAGCAUUUUAAAAUAGUUAAGGUCUGUCAUUUAAAUUAUUGCGAGCGUUUACCUGUAUCUCCGGACUCCAUAGUUGCAGCUAACCAGAUCUGUAUUCCCUGAUACGAGCUAUCUGUUGCUAAGCUAGCUAGCGCUUCGCUAGUUUCCGCUUCCUGUUCGUCUCGCAAAUCGAUGCAUUUUGUCGGUUGUCGCUACCCGUACACGUUCCCUCUCGGUUGUCUGGUAGAGAAUCCGAAGAUGGCUGAAGCUCCCCCACGGCCCUGCCGGUUUUUUUGUCACCGAUGUUCAGCAGAGAUCAACCCUCGUCUCCCGGAGUACACAUGUCCGCGGUGUGAAUCUGGCUUCAUUGAAGAGCUAUCAGUGGAGAGAAGCACUGAAAAUGGGUCCACAUCCACUGCCUCCACCAGCGAUCAGAACCGUCCGACUUUUGAGAGUAUGGACCACCAGCACAUGUUUACAUUUCCGCCCGGAUACGGCCAGUUCGCUCUGGGGAUUUUUGACGAGAACUUCGACCUCCGAGCGGGGCUGCCAGCAGAAGACAACCGCGAGACGGAGAACCGGCGGGAACGGGAGAUGGCGUCACGGCAACGGUACAGCGCUCGGCAACCACAGGGACGACACAUGCCACGGCGACCAGGACAGAGACACGAAGGAGUGCCCACAUUAGAGGGAAUCAUCCAGCAGCUAGUGAAUGGAAUCAUAGCACCCACAGCCAUGCCGAACAUUGCAAUGGGACCAUGGGGCAUGCUACACUCAAAUCCAAUGGACUACGCUUGGGGUGCCAAUGGACUUGAUUCUAUCAUUACCCAGUUAUUAAAUCAGUUUGAGAACACUGGUCCUCCUCCUGCUGACAGAGAGAGGAUAAAGAACCUGCCCAGCAUCCAGAUCACAGAGGAACAUGUGGGUUCCAGUUUAGAAUGUUCUGUGUGCAAGGAAGACUACAGUGUAGGGGAGACUGUGAGGCAACUUCCGUGCAAUCACCUGUUUCACAAUGACUGUAUAGUACCAUGGCUGGAACAGCACGACACAUGUCCAGUGUGCAGAAAGAGCCUCAGUGGACAGAACACAGCCACGGACCCCCCUGGACUUUCAGGAAUGAACUUCUCCCCUUCCUCCUCUUCCUCCUCCUCUUCCAGCUCCCCCAGUAACGAGAACGCUGCCAACAACUCCUAGAUCUCCAUCACCAUCACACCUCGAUCACACCUCUUGCACACAACCAACACCUUACCCCCACCCCAGGCAGACUUUCACCCCCACUCUACCACUGGCUCAGGAGAGUCUGAAGGGCCGCCCCUCUCAGUGCUCUCUUUAAGGUCCACUGGGAGAAGCUGCUGGGGAGAUGACUCUACUCUGGAGGUGAAACGAUAAACACAAUAUGGACAUUGAGACGUUCUUUUUAGUUUAUUUGAUCCCCUUUCUAUUGUGAACUUUGAACACACGAUCAUUCCUUCCCAUGUGUGAGGACUGGAGUGGAUGCCGGCACCAGUAUUGUUGCUUCUGUAAAAGGAGAGAGUGAAGAUGAAACUGGAGAAGGAUCAGAACAGGCUGUGGUGUAUAAAAGUAUCCACGUUUGAACCGCAGUGGACUGCGACUUGACUGAGACAUUGUCAUGUCUUUUUGCCAUAAGAUGGGGACACACAUUUUAUAUUUAAAAGAGAAAGUGUUUAAAGUUUUUUUUUUUUUUUUUUUUUAACUCAACCGUGGUAGUACAGACUUCCAUGCCGAAGGAGAGAGAUAUGUCUACAUAGAGGUAUUCAUAUUUAAGAACAUAAACAAGCAGGUCAGUCACUGUACAGCCAACUGAAGAAUAUCUUACAGAGAGAACUGAGUGUAUGCAUCUGAUUUUAGAAUGAUUUAUUUGCACUUUUCUGUUGCACUACAUUCUGUUUGGUUUCAGGAUUGGGAAUUUUGGGAAACUACAACUGAACAAAAAUGUUAUUGCAUCUCUGAACUUUUCCUCAUUAAUUUUAAUGCUCAUAUUGUGAUUCUCACAUUAAAGUCUCAAUUUAUCAGCAUUUUUCCUAAA